AUGUCCCUACUAACAACAUGGAGACAAUUUCAGCUAUUUGAUUUCAUUCCUAUACGAGAUCCGAACUAUCAAUCACACGAUGCGUUAUACUCAGAUCCUACACUAAGUGCUAUAAACGCCACCAAGACGUACUUGAUUAUUGCCGUCAACAACUCCAUACUCAAAAUCAUAAACCCCAAAAACAUGGCCUGCGAGGGCCAAUUUCAAGCUUAUGACAUUGACUACAGGAUAACGUUUAUAGGGCCUGUGUUCAAUUCGAGUAAUUUGGUCAUCACGUUGGCAGAAAAACAAGGGUUUCCACUGAGUAUCAAACUUUGGGACUUGAUGAGGAUAUUAAAUAUGGAAAAAUUAGAAGCAUCGGAAUACAAGUUUAAGUUUCAAACUCAAGUGGCCGUUACUGAGAAUAGUCGAGGAAGUGGAGCACCAAGUGAAAACUCAUUCCCCAUCAGUUGCUUCAAGUUUAAUUACGACUUGACGUGCUUAGCAGUAGGUUAUACCAAUGGAAAAGUCUUACUUAUUAGAGGGGAUCUAUUGCGCGAUAGAGGCUCGAAGCAGAGAGUGAUUUACGAAAGUGCUGGCAGUGAUCCUAUAACUGGGAUCGAAUUUAAUGAAACAGAACAGAUACUUUAUGUCACAACAACUUCAAAAGUAUUGACGGUCUCUACAACUGGUCGUAACCACGGCAAGCCCUUACGCGUCCUAUCACAAAAGACAGGUGCAGAUUUGGAUUGCACCGCGUCUGGAAGCAAACAAGAGUUGAUUGUUGGACGUCCCGACUCGAUCAGAUACUACAAUUCAACAUCAAAACUCAAAACAAUCAAUUUUGAUAUUCCAAAAUCGAAAAUUGCAAGGCUUCAUCAGUUUAUAUUGAUGGUGAGCUCAACCGAUAAUGGUAAUCUGCAGAAGUUUCAAUCGAGGGUAAUCAUACUUGAUACUAGAAACAACCACAUUUCACUCAACUUGUUGAUCCCACAAAGUGUGGUAAAGUUUAUUUUCAAAAUGAAUAAUGAGAUAUACCUUUUGUCAAAUGAUGGUGUAUUGUACAGGCUAUAUGAAAAGCCAAUUAACCAACAAAUUGAGCUUAUCUUGCAGAGGGAGUUAUUCUCUGUAGCUUACAAUUUGGCAAAACAACUGAAACUUGCGUCUGAUACGUUGUUGAGGAUUCAAACAUUGCAUGCAGAUCACCUAUUUGAGGAACAAAAAUACGGUGAAUCAAUGAAUGUUUAUAUUAGUUGCCUUGAGCUAUUUGAAGAAAAACCUCUGGAUGUUGACAAGGCAAACUCGAACGAGGAUAGAGAUGAUUUUAUCAUGAAUGUGAUUACCAAAUUCAAGGAAGCUAUUAAUACCGCGAAUAUGGUAAAUUUUUUGGAGAAACUAUAUGCAAUGUCAAUAGCCAGUGUGGACCACAUCACUCUUCUAUUGUGUUGUUUGUGUAAAUUGAAAAACCUUACUCAGAUUGAUACCUUUAUCGAUGAGUUGGAUUUGUCUAAUGAAAAGUUACAAGAGCUCAAUUUCCCUUUAAUCAUAAACUUGUUUAAAGAAUGUGGAAUCUAUAGCCAAGUUUUGAGACUAUUGUACAAACUAAAUCAACCAAACUUGAUUGUUGAUAUUCAAUUGUAUGAUUUGAAUAAACCGAAGGUGGCAUUGAACUACAUGAAGACGUUGAAAAUUGAUGACUUGUUGUUGAUAUUGAUUGAUCAAUCGAAAAAAUUGCUUGACUCUUGUCCCAUUGAAACAACCGAAUUAUUGAUUGAUGUAUUUACGGGGAAAUAUCAAGCUACAGAGUCUACCGAGGAGAAUUUGACCACGGCCUCAAAUGCUAAAUCGGACGAUGAAGAUGAAGUGGUGGGCGAAAGUAGAAUUGAGUUGACAAACUACAAAGCUUUUUUGAACUAUUUGACUCUUCGUGGGAGCAAUGAUGACUCAGACCACAAUGAAAAAACUGCCAAAGAGCCACCCAGCACAACUAAAGAGCCGACGUACCUCCCUCCAAAACCCAAUUUGAUAUAUUCUAGUUUUGCUGAUCACCCGCAUGAGUUUGUCAUCUUUCUCGAGGCAUGCAUAGAAGCCUUGGAUAGGUAUCAAGGGAACUUGAUGGAUAAGAAAGAAGUUUUGAUAACAUUGCUUGAAAUGUAUCUUUCACUAAAUAAUAAAGCUAUACAAUCAGAAUGGCUAGAUAAAGCACAAUCCAUUGUUGAACAAUAUGGUGAUUUGUUAGAUGACGAUUCAUUGUUGUUAUUGGGACACUUGUAUAAUUUCAAACCCGGUGAAAUCAAAGCCAGAGAGGACAACGGUGAUGAAAAAGGUAUUUUUAUGUCGUACAGAAUAGAUGAAGAUGUUGAAGGUUGCUUUAAAGUGUUGCAAAAAUACGGAGAAACAAAGCCACAACUUUACAAAAUGAUGCUUGAGUUUAUUGUAUCAAAGCGGGAAAUUUAUGAAAAAGUUAAUCACGAUGAUGUACAAGCAAUUCUACAACAAAUUAAAAAAUUUAAAUUGUUGGAUCCACUUGAGUUGAUUAGUUUGCUAACCGGCGGUGAAUCCAAUGACAGUGGAUUUGUUACGUUUGGUAUUGUUAAGGAGUAUCUACUCCAGUACUUUACCACUCAAGAGCAAGAAAUAACAAACAAUGAAAAACUUAUUGAAGUGUAUGAACACGAUUCGACCAAAAACUCCUACAAGUUAUCUGAAUUAACCCAUCCAUUUGUCAUACAGAAUAACAAGUGUUCAGCAUGUCAAAUGAAGUUGGAUUUCCCCAUGAUCCACUUCAAGUGCAAACAUUCUUUCCAUCAAAAAUGUUUGUCAUCAAGUCUUGUUGCUAAACCCGCAAGCAAUGGCAGUUCGCACUUUGUUGAUGAUGCUAGUGAGCAGGGGCCCAAGUGUCCUAUAUGCGCGCAAAGUAUCAACGAUGUCAAUGAAAUGAAACAAAGUCAGUAUAAAUUGAAGGAGAAUGUCGAUUUCUUUGUACAAUCCUUGCAUGAAAGUAGUGACACAUUCAAGUUUAUAUCUGAUUAUAUUGGGAAAGGAGUGAUGGAGGAUGAGUCGGUUACCAUCGAUGAGUAG